ACGUUCUGUUGCUGGCGAUUUUCGUCAACACAGCCAUUUUCUUUCAGACUGUAAUGGAAAACACAAUUAAUUUAGCUAGCUUUGGGUUACAUCUGGUAAUAAAUAGGCUUUAAUGUAAAAUCACAAACCGGUAUAUGGUUGUCUUUUGUGUCGUUAUCCUCGUUUUAGCUAACGUUAGCCGCGGAAGCCUGACGCGUGUCGUGGACGAAGGUUGACAAAAUGUCACGGUCCCGAUCACCAAAUUACAGGAGGUUCCCUUGGGAGGAACCCGAUUUCGAUCCUUACAAAGUCCUUGCAGAACUCGACGGGAAUCAAAUGGAAAGGAGUCACAGCCCCAGAGAAGAUCCUCAAGAACACUGGGACUACUUAAGGGAAGACAUGUACCCAGAAGACCAGAGAAGAUCCCCUCCUUAUCAAGAUGACCCUCAAUUUGGGCAUCACCGCCAUCCAAACCAGGAGGAGUUUUACCGCAGGGGGCCAUCACCCCGUCAUGAAGGGAUGGGAUAUGAUGACCGUAGGCUUUCCCCACUGCGUGAUGGAGUAGGAGAUGGAGAUAGGCGCAGAGAAGGGUUUAGACAACACUUCCAGAGUUUUGAAAUUAGGGGGAGGUCGCCCCAAUCGCCUCCAAGGUUGACGAGGGAAAGAUUGCCGGCGACGCCAAGGUCUCACUCAGACCAACAACAGAGAGAGCCGGGGAUGGGCUGGAGGAGAGAGGAGCAGGGCAGAGGUCGAGGGAGAUUCAGAGAUCUCGGUCCCGUUGCGAGGUCGGAUGACCAAAGAGGGGGAGCAGGUAGGGAAAGGGGGAAGAGGAACAUACAGAGUCCCAGUAGAGACAGACGAAGGGAGGAUUCAUAUCAAGAGAGGAACCCCCCCUUCAAAAGGCAAAGAAGAGAAAUGGAUGACAGCAAUCACCUUGGGUACAGGAAUGAGAAGGACGUUUGGGAACAGCGUUACUCAAUGGACACACCCAGAGAUGGGUUUGGAGGAGACACUCAGGGGAGCCUCCCCCGUGGAGACAUUCGGCACUUGGGACCACUCGUCAUUGAACAUGAUCAUGGCAUCACACAUGGCAGAGAACCAUCUCCGCGGUUGCCAAAUUGUUCCAACCGCGGAGAUCUUGACCCCGACUUUGAUCGACAGAAGAAUCCUCGUCCAGUGCGCCCUUCUCAGGAGCGUUUCAGGAUGUCAGAAAGCAGGUUGGAUGAUCUUGAGGAUGCAAGAGAACGCCAUUUUCAAGAUAAUUGGAGAGACCCCAACUAUCGUGAAAAUAGGAGGAGCCUUACACCACAAGAUAGACCAAACCCUGUUAGAUAUGGUAAUCGAGAUGGUCCCGUGAACCACAGGGGAGGGGGGGGUGCUCGGCCAGCGAGAGGGCGGGUCAAUCGCGGCCAGGUUGCAAGGACUGGACCACCUAGGAAUCAGUUGCGCUUACAGCAGUCCUCCCAGGGAUAUCAAGAUCUUCCUCGUGAAGAGCAAAGGCCGGGGUACCGACCCUUCAGGCAAGAUUGUUAUGAGGAUCCGAUUGAAGGGGAGCGUGACUGGGUAGAAAAACCGAGAUUACAACAGUGGAAACAUGACAGGCCUGGAAGUCUGGACCGGCACCUACCUCAGGUUGACUUGGACCCUAAAAUGCCCCGUCAGAGGCUGCACGGAUGGAACAGUCAGAAAACCAAGAACAUGACCGUUGUAACAGAGGAAACGCUAACCAUCAAAGUGGAUAUGAGCCGCCCCGUAAACCAGAACAGCCCGCUGUGCUACUCCUCAGACCGGCAGCUCUCAUUAGACCUUGUCAACGUGGGUCGCCAGCGUUUGGACUUCCUGCCCAUGCUGGAGCACUCGGGGACGUACCGGGAGACCGCCAUGCACACUGGGACUUUUGCCCAGGAAAUCAUCACACUGGUGCACCAGGUCAAAGAGCAGUAUUUCAGAGAUGGUGGCCUCACCCUGAACGAGCGUUUCUCAGCCCCCCAAAAAGGCGGCAGCUCUGAAGACGAGACGGAGGAGCUGACGCUGGAUGAGAGGUUCAGUUCAAACCGAGGCUUUAGCUUAAACAUGAGCUCGCUGCUUGACGACGAGGAGCCUCUGUUCUCCAGACUGGGACCCUUGCAGCCGGUGCGAGGCCCGGGGGACCUGAGGCAUGACCUGGAGAGGAGGAGACAGGAGAGGCUGGAGGGGGUUAAAGUCACAAUAUCGGGGAACAGUAUGUCACAGCGCCCCCUGGGCACAGCCAGUGAGCUGGACGUAGAAUACUUUGACAAGGACGAACUGGCUCAGAUGGAGGACGACGAAUUAUCCUUCUGGACAGAGGAGCAAAGCAGGAGGCGAGAAGGCAACAUGGGACCAAGGCGAGGAGGAGCUUCCUUCAGACAAAACUCCGGCGCCCAACGCAGGAACAAUCGUUUUGGCAACCGGCUUGGACCAAUGAGGCGACAGCACAACCACAACAACCCCGCAGGUCCUAACUGGUGAUCGGACUAAAAGGUAUUCCAUUUGGAUGCUGCUGAUUUGUUGAAGACUUAUAAUACUGCCUGUAAAAAAAAAAAAAUUUUUAAAGGAAAUAUUUUGUCCUUGUCUGGGGUCGAAUUGUGCCCGUGUUGAUUUUGAUCAGCAGCACAAUGUUGGCGUUGUAUGAAACUGUGAAGAAGUCUCUGCUCUGUUGGUGUUUGCCAGCGGGUGCAGCAGACUGAGUGAUGAAUUUGACUACAAUGAAGGUGAAACGUUAAUACCAGCAGGUGGUUCACACUCUAACGUCUGUUCACACCUGUUCUGUCCUUCUAUCUUUGUUUGUGUGUGUAUUUCUGUGUAAUGAAUAUAAUUUCACGUUUCACACUUUCUUUCAUGUACGUGUGUGUGUGUGGUCUUGAUUUAAACAAUAUCUUGGAAGAUUUUUUAAUCCAACAGUCGGCGUUUAUUGGGAUAAUGUUGGUUUGAACGUCUCCAGCGGAGAUCUUCGACGAUCUCACUGAAAGUUGUUAAAGUUCACUACACUUUUUUUAUGGGACUAUAAAUGACCACACUUGAACGUUCUGUAUUUAAAAAAACAUAGACGUUAAUUUUAACCUGAUUCCUGUUGUUUUCUUCCGUCACACUUUUAUCAAAUCUAUAUAGUUCAUUAACAUUACACCAGCCUUCUUACUGUUAACACAUGACAGUGUUUCUGAACAAAUAAAAGAUUUGUCUUUUUCA